AUGUCUUCUUCCGAAAUUGCUACUUUGCUCUCCGAGGCUCAAACGGGUGAAACACCCAAGGCCAAGCCUCUCGUGACGCAAUUGAAAAGGGUUGCAAAGAGCAACAAGAAGUCCGAGGUUUGGAUUUCACCAUUCAGAAAAACUUCACUCAAAGUUGUGAAGAAACCAUCUGCUGCUCCUGUCAAACCUGUGGCAGCAACCGAGCCAAUUGCUGCUGAGCCAGCUGAAGCAACUGAAACAGAGACCACCGAAGCCGACGAAACCGUGGCCACAGCAGAGUCAGAAGAGCCAAUUGAUGGAGAGAAAGAGGUGGAUGCAGAGCCUGUUGAAGACGAGGAGCCUCUCGAGUCCGGAGAUGCGGUUGCAACUGAGGAAACCGCUCCAGAAGAGACCGAGGCGACCGAGGCCAUUGAGGCCACCGAAGAGACUACAGAAGCAGAAGAGACUGAACCAGCUGAGUCAGUAAGUACUGAAGUUGCCCCCAAAGAGACCGAAACUGCCGAACCAGAGAGCACUGAAACUGCAGAAGAGGUCAAAGAGCCAGCUGAAGAAACCGCCGAAGAAACUACCGAAGAAACUGCCGAAGAAACUGCCGGAGAAACUGCCGAAAAACCAGUUGAAGAGGAGAAGCCAGCCCCAAUUGACCUGUCGCCUCCGGAGGCUGACGAUCUUGAAAAGGAGUUGAGAUCCAAGCCAAAGAUGUUGUACAGGUACCAGGAGAAUAAGCUCUUGGCUACCGAGGCUAUGUCUAAAGGAGCUGUUGGUAACCCCGAUAAGAUUCUAGAUUUAGGUGCCGGUUUAAGACUCACCGAAGCUCAGAUUUAUGAGAUCGCCAGGUCAAGAGUCCAGCCAAUCCUAGCAAAGGUGGACAAACAGGUCAGCACAAAUAUCAAGAACGACAUUGCCCGUCAGAAGGCUGCUGAUGACGCCUACACUAAGUCUGAAGAGGGCAAGAUUAGCAGAGAGCUGAACAAGUUUAAGGCCAAAGUCAGCAAGGAAAAUGACCGCAUUGUUGCUGAUUUCGAUGGAAAAGUGAAGAUAGUUGCCAAUACUAUGGCAGCCAAUGCAGCUGCACACUCCAAGUUCUUGAGUGAUGUGGACACCAAGAUGGAGAAGGACCAAACGGAUGCUGAUGAGAAAGAGGUGAAAGAUGCUGAAACCCAUGAAACCGACAAGGAAAACCUCCACAAGAAUGCUGCUGAGCUGAAAGAGUCCAAGCUUAAAGCUCUGGAAGAGGCCAAGGCCCAACAAGAGAUUGAACCAACCAAGAUCGAGGAGUUUGAGGCUGCUGGUGAAGCAAGCAAGGUCGAGGCAGAUGAAAUCGAGACUAAACUUUCUGAGAAAGAGCUGGAAUUACAACAGCGCAUUGAUGUUCUCAAUGCCCUGCUUGCAGAGAAGGCUGAACAUGAAGAUCUAAUUGCAACCGCUUUGGCUGAGAAGAAAGAGAGCGAAGUAAAGGUUAAGGCGAUCACUAAGAAGCAUGAAUUUGCCAAGAAGAAUCUAGACAAGUCAACUGCCCAUCUCGAGCUGUUGAAGUCCAAGCUUGAAUCUCGCAAUGCCAAACUUUUGUUCCUGACCACGACUGCUACCGAGGCCAGGGCCACGAAGCUUGCAGAAGCUCACCAGACCUCUAAGGAAUGGGAUGAGGAAGUUGAGAGAAUCAGAAUUGAGGCCGUCAAAGAGGCCGAGAAGAAGAGGAUCGAGGCAGAGCUCGAAAGAGAAAGGAUUGAGCGUGAGAAGGCCGAAGAAGAAGAAAGACUCAGAAUCGCCAAGGAAGAAGAAGAAGAGAGAUUGAGACUCGAGAAAGAGGCUGAAGAGGCCAGACUGAAGGCAGAAAAAGAGGCCGAAGAGGCAAGACUUCUUGCUGAGAAGGAGGCCGAAGAAGAGAGGCUUAGACUGGAGAAGAUCGCCGAGGAAGAGAGACUUGCCAAAGAGAAAGAAGAAAAGGCAAGGCUUGCCGAGGAAAAGAAAAAGGCACAGGAAGAAGAGAAGAAGAGGCUGGAGGAGGAAAUUGCUGAGCUCGAGAAACUGAACAAGUUGAAGGCUGAGAAGGCUAAGCUUGAAAAGGAGCUUUCUGCUGUUGGUGUUGGUGCCGUUCUGGGUGGAGCUGUUGGGGUGGCUGGAGCAACUGCCACAACUGCCGCAAAUGCUGCCACUACUGCUACUAGCGGUGUUGCCACUACUGCUAAGGAUAUCACCUCCUCUGUCGCUCUUCCUUCCGAGUCUUCGGUCUCACCAGAGGUCAGCUCUCCUAGCCGUGAGAAGUCUUUUGCUGACAUUCCCGAGGUGGAUGAACCGGAUGCACCAAAGGCCUCGGAGCUUCCACCUGCUACGUCCUUGAAAAGAAGACCUUCUAUGGUUGAUGAUGCAAUGAAGUUUUUCACUCCAGAUGAUAUUGAAAGAAUGAACACUCCGGUUUCUGAGCUUAAGAGGAGAAGUGCUUCGAGAAACAACUCCUUGACGGCAGCUUCCAAGCCAAAGUCCAGGUCGAACUCUAUCAGUCGUUCAACUCCUAAGCCGUCAUCCAGAUCCAACAGCUUGAAGAAGAUCUCGGCUCCUGUCGCUCAAGCAGCAGUUGCUGGCACUGCUGGAGCUGGUGUGUCUACGAUCUUGACGGGGUCCAAAGCUGAGUCUGUCAUUUCUGUAGCUACUUCUGUCGAAGAGAAGCCAAUAAUUUCGGAGCCUGUUUUUACUGAGGUCGUUGACGAAUCUCCAAAAGCAGACGAGAAUGAGAUUGUUCCUUCUAAGGAUGUCGAGUCCGAGUACGAAGAGGUGGUGACCUACGAGACUGUUUCGGAUAACGAGUAUGAGGAACACAAGGAUGAUCCAAAUUACUUGGAGAUUGCAGCCAAAUAA